GUCCAGACGAUGUUGUCUUAAACAUAAAAGGCGUGCGGCAGAACUUUCAGUAGCAUUUCUUCGCUGCAGUUCUGAGCCCAGGAAAAAAAAGAGUACCUUUUCGCGGUAGACUGCAGUCAUGAUUCGUCUUCUCACCAUCUCCGCUUUGAUAUCUGCAGCCUUCGCUGCCAGUUGCGAAGAGGUGACGACAACGCUCGAGUUGCCUGGGACUGACUACAACACCAGCGUCGUCUACUCCAUCUGCCCUGAUGCCAACGUAAUCACUUCAAAAGUGGUCGGUACUGAAAUAUUCCAGACCGCCACCGCUUACGAAGACUACGAUGUGGGUUUUGGUGCAACCAGAGAUAGUGAGAAGGAAGAGUGUUUGGUGCACAAGCUGCAGGCGUCAACCCUGGAGGAGCAGGCUGCAGUUUUGCGUUCGCAGUCCACGCAAACUGUCCAGACCACAGGCAAUCUGAACCUCAUCAAGGUUCCUGAGGAUGAGCCCGCAUCUGAAUUCGGCCAACGUAUUGCCAACUUCUGCGGCGACUUCCCAGUGUUCAAAGUUGGUACAGACAACGAGGGCACACGUGUGGUUCCCUUCGAACAAGAAGAUAGAGCCAUCACUUUCACCUUCAAGAAAUGCUUACUCUGGAGGUUCUUCUUGUUUUACACUUGCUUUACUACCACCCUCACCAUCCCUACCGGUACCACCAUUACCUUCGUUUGGUUCUUCGGGUAAACGACGACGGAUGACGUCUGCUCCUCCUAGAAUAACUAUUCCUCAUUUUUACGCUGUUAUUAUGUAACAGGGUUUGAAGGUUUCAGUUGUCAUGGCGGUCAGAAUGCGGCCUACUGAACGACGGCUUUAGUAGUUUUUGAGUUUCUUUUAUAUCUUCUGGUCUCAAUGAUGUCUGCACAUUAAAUAAAAAAAAAGAUA